GCGGCGGGUCCGGGCCAUGGGCUGCCUGCAGAGCGUGGCGUGCAAGGCGCGCGUGCGGCGGGAGCACAUCGUGGUGUCGGACGUGUCGGCGUGCAUCGAGCCGGGCGCCACGGCCCUGGAGGAGACCUCGCCCAUCGUGCUGCGCUACCGGACGCCCUACUUCCGCGCCGCCGCGCGCGUCCUCAUGCCGCCCAUCCCGCGGCGCCACACCUGGGUGGUGGGCUGGAUCCAGGCCUGCAACCACAUGGAGUUCUACAACACCUACAGCGACCUGGGCAUGUCAAGCUGGGAACUUCCAGACUUGAGAGAAGGGCGUGUAAAAGCCAUCAGUGACUCUGAUGGAGUGAGCUACCCCUGGUAUGGGAACACCACAGAAACAGUGACCUUGAUUGGCCCCACCAAUAAGGUCUCCAGGUUCUCCGUCAGUAUGAAUGACAAUUUCUACCCCAGCGUAACGUGGGCUGUUCCUGUGAGUGACAGCAACGUGCCACUACUAACCAGGAUCAAACGGGACCAAAGCUUUACGACGUGGCUAGUAGCCAUGAAUAUGACCACCAAGGAAAAGAUUAUUUUGCAGACUAUAAAGUGGAGGAUGCGAGUGGACAUUGAAGUUGAUCCCAUGCAACUCUUGGGCAAGCGAGCUCGGCUAGUGGGGAGGACUCAGCAGGAGCAGCCCAAAAUUUUGAGCAGAAUGGAACCCAUCCCACCAAAUGCACUAGUGAAACCCAAUGCCAAUGAUGCCCAGGUCCUUAUGUGGAGACCCAAAAGAGGACCGCCUUUGGUAGUGAUACCACCCAAAUAAAAAAAUACACUUGAUGGUAUCAAUGAGGGCUUUUGCCACCACUGGCAUGGAUAACUGAGCCAAAGAAGACCUCUGUGUUCACCUGCCUUUUGCGAUACAAACGCAAAGAGGGCUUCUUCAAGACAGCGUGAGAUCACAAUGGCCAGUGCUAGGCCACAGUAGAGUAGCUGGACGUAUGGACUUCGGAAGAUUUAGGUUGUUUCACACUUUGAGUGUGUUCUCAUGUGGAAAGAGGCUGAAACACAGAGAUCCAGAGUUUGAUUUCCAGUGCCUGUGGCCAAUGCUGCUUCCCAGCCAACUAGAUGUAGUCCUGGAGGCUGUUCUUACCAGACAUUCAGUGCAAUGCCUGCUCUUUGGGUUAAGACAGGAAGGGAUGGCAUAUUCCCACAACAUGAUACCUAUGCAUUUUUGAUUGAUAAUCAAUAUUAUCACCUGCUCAUUAGAAGGAAGAAAAUGUUUACAAAGGGGGGGACAAGAAUGCCGUCUGUUAAGCUUCACAUUUGUAGAAAGUGCAGCUUUAUCCCGAGGAAACUGUCCAUGGUGCUGAACUAAAACACAUUUUGAACUACCAAUAAUAUCACCCACUCUCCCUCUUUCUGGGGCUAAUUGAUUCGGCCUCAUCGGGUUCAGACCUUUUGCAUGUUUCUUGGUGUGUUUCAAGUAGUUGUAAGUGUAGGAGUUCUGCCAUAGUUUUCUAUGCUGUGGGUGAAGUGCAAGGCAAAUCAACUGGCUACACCUUAAAAACAAAACAAAAUGAAAAACCACACACCAUCCCCAGUUCUGCUUUUUAUCCAAGCACAGUUAAUCUGUAUUUCAGAAGAUUGUCUGUGCACAGUAUGUUUCUCCAGCACAGUGGGAAAGGGUUAUAUCUGGCACCCAGAAAAGCCCAGGCAUAAUAUUGCUCAGUGUUUGGGGGGUGGGGGCGGGUUGGAUUCUAACAAUCUUGGUAUGUUGUUUCUACCAUAGGAAGAUUGAGAUUGCCUUUGAACAAGGAAAAUGGGUAAUGCUGGAAACACUACUUCUUUCCAUAUCCUCCCAAUCAGUGACAGUUUUGCUCAUGGUGGAGAAAAGACUGGGAGAAAGAACACCACCUGGAGCAAAAGCGUUAUCUUGUUAAUGGACAGUCAGAGCUGGACAGAAACUCACAAGGUUAGAUGCCACUAACUGACUGACUGACUGACUGACUGACCUACUUAUUUAUUUAUUUAUUUAUUUCCCACUUUCCUCCAAGGAACGGAGGAUGGCAUACAUGGCUCCCUCAUUUUGUCUUCACAACAGCUCUGUGAAGUAGCUUAGGCUGAGAGAGUAUGACUUGUCCAAGAUCAUGAAAUUACCUUCAUGGCUGAGUGGGGAUUUGUAUCUGGGUUGCCAAGUCCUUGUCCAACACUAUUUGAAAAUGCAUGACAUAGAGGGAAGGUUUUCUGAAAAUUAUUCCUUUCCCAUAUUUAAUGUAGUUAAGGAAAGUAUUAUUAGAUCAUCCCAUAUUUGAGGAGGAAUUUUUGAUUUUAUGUAGGAUAAAUGAAGAUUGGAAGGUAAUGGGAACUUCUCUUGAGCAUUUGUCAGAACCACAGAUUGGUAGCAUCUUUGCUUAUGAUGGUGAUGGUGUCCUAGCAGGAAAGGGAAGAGAACCUAUGGAGUUUAGCUCCUGUGAAAUCUCCAGAGAUGUGCAGUCAGCUUACUUCUCUUUCUGCUCUGUUGCUGACUCUCAGCCAACACCCGUUCUGGAAAACUGGGAGGAGGAACACAGUGCCUCAGUGACUAUAGCUCCAAGCUUUGGUUUUUGGUUCUCCAACUGUGGAAAUGGAGCAUUAAAAGGCUUUUGAGCAAAAUUAGUGUAGAAAAGUGUGUAGAAGAUCAAAACUACUGACAUUAACUCCCAGAAUAAUGUGAACAUACUACUUCAGAUAGAAAAUGUAGAUGAGAGAUGAACAGAAGUUGAAGAUUUAUGUUGUGAAUUACUGUAUAACAAAGAACUAGUUGCAGAAUCCAUAAUAGCACAGCACAUGGGGCCUUUUUGUGGAUUCCCACCAUAAUUCUGCAAGUAGUCAGCUAUUGGCCUUAAGAAUUUAAAUUCUCAAGUGAACAGAGAUUGGCACUCCUAAAGAGUGAUACAUUUUCCACUGAGUUCUUCAUCUAGUCCCAUCUCUUUUAGAGCUAUGAUUUCAUUAGUCUCCAGGUUCCUCACUCAGCUCUUCAGCUGAAGUGCCCAGGGAGGUCAGAUCAGAGCAGAACAGAGGGGUAUUUGUCAUGAUCUGGGCACUAUAUUUCUGUUGAUGUAGCUUAGAAUUGCCUUAGCUUUUUUAGCUGCCACUUCAUCCUGCUGAAUCAUGUUUAGCUACUAAAACCCCUAGAUCCUUUCUACAUGUACUGCUGCCAAGCCAGGUAUCACCUAUCCUUUAUUCGGGCACCUUAGCCUACCAUAAUGCAGAACUUCAUAUUCAUUUUUGUUGAAAUUCAUUUUGCUUGUUUGGUUUUGUUAGUUUUGGCCCAGAUCCUGCCAAGAUCACCUUGAUUCCUGCAUCUAAGUAUUAGCAAGAACUCUCAGUUUAGUGUCAUUUGGAAAUGUGAUGAGCAAACAUUGGACAGCACUGGGUUUAGGGAAACCCUGAGUGUUUCUAGGUUGAUGACCCAUUGAAGAGCACUCUUUGGGAACAGUACCUAGCUUUCCAUCAAAAUAUGAGAGACCUUGUUAAAAAUCGUUAAGAUACUUUGUGCACAUCUGCACCCCUGAUCUAGCAAGCCAUUAGCUGUAGCCCAAAAGGAGGAGAUGAAAUUAGCUUGACAUGAACUCUUGCUGGCUCUUUGUAACCAUUGUGCUUUUUUAAAGACAGACCAACUGUUAAUAAUCUGUUUAGAAUUUUUCUAAGCAUUGAUGCCAAGUGAACUUGCCAUCAAUCACCCUUUGUGUCGCUAUCUUCAGAAGGGGGGAAUUUGCCCGCCAUCAGUCACCUAGCAUGCCACCUGUUCUCCAAUAAGUCUCAAAAAUUACAAGGACUCUGAUACAGUCAUACCUCGGGAUGAAUAUGCUUCAGGUUAAGCAUUUUCAGGUUGUGCUGCCACAUGCGCAGAUGCUCAAAAUGACAUCACGCCCAUGCACAGAAGCAGCAAAACACGACCCGCGCAGUCGUGUGCUACGUUCACUUCAGGAUGCGAAUGGGGCUCCGGAACGGAUCCCGUUCGCAUCCAGAGGUACCACUGCAUUAUCUCUGCCAUGCAGCUCAUGUGACCCUGGACCUCAUUUAGGGCAGCUAGGUGUUGCUGUUUGCAUCUUGAGUAAUAAUUCCCUUAAUUAUUUCAUCUAUCUUUUUAUUUUUUAUUUUUGGCAGAAUUUCACUUUUGGGAGAAGACAGAGGUGAAGUGGGAGUUGAGCAGUCCCAUCUUCUCCCUGCCUCCCACUAACAUUUCCAUUCAACUGAUCUAUGGUUUUCUUGUUCUUCCACUUGCUCCAGACUGGCUCCUUGUUGUUGUUUUUAACCUUUCUCACAAGCCUAAGUUCAUCCUGAGCUUUAUCUCCCUGACACUUGCCCUACAACUUUGGCUAUCCAUGUGUCCUCAUCCGUGAUAGUCUGCCCAUGUUUUCAUCUCUGAUAAAGAACAUUGGGGGAAUGUAACCAAAGUCUUCCUGCCCAGCCUGUGUGGAUUCUCAAGACCUGUGCCUUUGCUUGGCCCUGGCUGGGAGCAACUGCUAUUUCCAUUACCUGAGCAAACCAGUGACUGUUUGAGGAGCCUAAUGCUCUGAAAGACUAGGACAAACUCUUCCUGGAAAUGUUCUGCACAAAGGAUUAUAAUUGCCUCCCAAAAAGCUGAAUGGAGAGUUUUAUUAUUUUCUGCUGUUUCUGAAAAUUAAAAUAGAACAGCUUAUUGAAAGGUAGUGCAGUUUUAAAUAUAUAUUUUCUUAUAAAAUAUCUAUUUAAAAUUAAUUAUCCUAAUUCUGGGAAAAAGAAAAUAAACAACGUUGCAGAAAAGGAAAGGAACAGUGAAUUAUAGUAUGGAAUACCCCCGCUCCAAUCACACCCUAAAUGUUGGUACUUGAAUAUCUAACUUAAAGUAAGGGCAGCCAUGAUCAGGGGACUGGAGCAACUCUGUCAUGAGGAAGGCUUACAACAUUUGGGACUAUUUACAUGAAAGAAAGACAUAAGGAAGGACAUGAUAGAGGGGUCAAAAAUUAUGUAUGGUGUAGAGAAAGUGAUGAGAAGUUGUUCUGUUUUGAACCAUGGCCUCAGCAGUACAGAGGUUCCACAAAGGCUUCUGAGGUAGAAGAGGGCAACAGCAUAUCUUCAGGCGGGAGACAUCCUGGCCCAACUAGGUCCUCUUGCAGAAAUUCCUCUCCCACUUCAGCUCUGUGGCCUCAUCCCCUGAAGGAGGGAUCUGACCCCAGAGGGAUGGCAAGUCUUUCUUCCUCUCUCACAACACUCCAAUCCAAGACCCAUCCAAUUAAGCAGAAGAAUGGGAGACGGGGACUUUUUCACCCAGCACAGAGUAAAUUGCCGUGUUCGGUGGGCUUCGCACAGACAUUGGACUGAAGACCAGUUGCUGGGCAGCAUCAGUGGGAGGGGGCUGUUGCCCUCAUGUCUGCUCCCUGGCUUCCCAUUGACCUGUGGCUGGGGGAACAACCUGCAGGGCUAGAUUGGCCUUUGGUCUGAUCCCUCAGAUGAGCCUUUUUGGUGUAUUGAAGAAACUCAUUAGGAGAGAGGUGUGCAUGCACCUCAGUUCCCCUUUCUGGCUAUCAUGUGCCUAAUGCUUGUUCUUUUACAUGGUCCUGGCCCCCUGGUCAGAAUGCUGCUUCUCAGCAGUUUUUUCUUUUUGAAGAUGGACAACAAUAUUGUUUGUCCCUGACAGCGUUAAAAGGCCUGUGUGAGAAACCAAAAACUGCCCCCAUUGAAGAUUUGCAGACAGCCAGUCCCCAGGCCAGAAAUGCAAGCUAGCAAACAUGCAUUGGUGCAGUAGAAUAGAGAUCUGAUUGACAACUAAUACUGAUGUCUUGUUACUUGGCUUUGGGAUAUAAAAGAUGGAACCCACAUCUGUGCAGUAUAGUAAGUGGUGUUGUGUACAUUAGACAUGGCUAUUCCAACAAUCCCACUUGCCAUGAUAAGUGUUGUGCUACCUUUGGGCAGGAGGAAUGGCCCGCCUCCAGGGAUUGAACCUGCAGGUGUAGGCAGAGAUCUGCCUGCUAAUUGCUUGGCAGUCCCCACCACCUCCAAAGCUAUUUGCCAGCUACAUGGCAAAUAUACCCUGGAGAGCCGUGUCGGGGUGGAAUUUGGUCUUUCAGAUUUUAGUGGCACCUUGAGCAAGGGUUGACACCAACUUCCCCAGAGAGGGGUGGGGGGCGGGUUGGGGCCUUCAAGUUUGGCUUAGCCAGCAAAACUGAUAAUUGGUAUCCGUUCUCCUUGCAACUUGACUUUACUUCAAGCUACUUCACUGUUUGAGAUACUGUAACUAAAAAGUGUUUGUGUGUGUAUUUUAAGUGUGUUGCUCAAGUGAAGAUCAAUCAGGGGUGGUGAUUUAAGAGGUCCCUCUUAGGCACAUUGCAGGACCUCACUGCUUCUUGGGUGAGCGAGAGCAUGGAACUCAAUAGAUACAACUUAAGGUGCAGGGAAUGUUCAGGGAGAAUGAGCCCAAGAUGUUCAAAGCAGGGACUAAUAUUGUAAGCACUUUAGUCUUUGUUUGAGUGUGAUGCCCAGCUGUGAAGGAAUGCAGGUGUGUAGCCCACUAGCUAAUUUCAGGCCCAAGUCAAAACUGGCCCCCACUCCAGGCUGCUUUUUGUCAAUAACAAAAAUAUUUUUUUUGAAACAUUUGGCACAACUGGUUCAGAUACUGGAUUAGUGGGUCAUCAGAAGGGUCUCUGGCAGUGCCUGGGUCAGCUGUUCUAACAUACAAUAGGUAGAAGAUCCCAGGAAAUGGGUAUAUUUAGAAUGGGAUGGAGUCCUAGGAAAGCAAGAAAAAUGCAGAGAAGGUACCAGGCCAGUUCUCAGAUUACAUUGGGGGCAAGAGAAGGCCUGACCCCUUACCCUUUCAUUGGCCCCCUUAGCUCCUGUUUCUAAAGGCUUCAGAAAGCAUGACUGGGCUAAAAUUGGGGUGACUCAAGGUGGCUUGUGGGUUUCAUUAGGCCCCCCCCUACUUUUCUCAUAUAAAAAAAGACUAGCAUCUUUAGAGGGAAUGGAAAGCCAAAAGACUAUGGCCAACAGUCAAAGAGGUGAGAAUGACUGAUACUACAUAUUGAUUGAAAACAGCCAACCAGAUCUUUAUGGGGCUGACAUCUGCCAAUGUAAAUAUGCAAGCCUUUCUGUUAAACAGCACCCCUUCCAAAUUCUCACCUGUGCAUAGGACAAUGCUAUUUCUAAAAACUAAUGCUCCCCUCAUUUCAUAACUGUUGAGCAUUCUCUUUUGAUUAAAUUAUUUUGCAUUAAGGAUGUACAAAAUGGGCACAUUUUGCAUUCUCAAUAGUUCCUAGCCCUUAAUAGGUUUUGGAAGCACUGCUGUUGUUGUUUUAAGAAAGUGUUUUUGGUGUCUGCAACGAGGCUGGAAGAGAGCAAGGAGCUUAGCACUAUAAAGUUGUCAAUUUUUUUCCUUAAUGUUGAGGUUGUAUUGGUUAGGAAUUUAUAUAGACAUAAAAAUAUAAGCAUUAACUUGGAUAUAAUGGCCUCAUUUGCAUGUAUUUUUAAACGAUAGCUAAAUAAAUGACAGUUUAAAGGUGAACACUCAGUGUGCUGGUGCACACUAUUAGAGUUGUGGCCCCGUCACUCCUCCCCAACUGCUGCAACCUUAGUGACGAUUUAGACCAGGCUUCCUCAACCUUGGCCCUUCAAUUCCCAUCAUCCCUGGUCCUGCUAGCUAGGAUCAUGGGAGUUGUAGGCCAAAAACAUCUGGAAGGCCGAGAUUGAGGAAGCCUGACUUUUAGACCAAUGAAUUCAUGGCUUUUCAGUUAUAUGAUUCAGCCGCUAUCCACUAUCCACCUUAGAAGACAAAAACUAUGGCUGAGAAUGAGCUUCCUUUCUACUCUGCUAAGUUUUGUGCACAUUAUCCAGCAACAGCCAUUGGCACAAUAAAAAAUCCUGCCUGCACUGCUUCAGCUUUCUUCCUAGGGGCUGGCAGCCUUGGCAGUCUUUGCUUUCCCCAGUUCUUUGGGCUAUCUUAGAACAUUUUACUGGAUCCCACUUGCAACUUGCUAUAAAUUGGAUUCAGUGGGUUAAGUUGCAGGGAACUGUGUGGCAAAUUGCACCUUGGGUCAGUUAAGUGGACUUGCUGGACCCUACCAACCUGUAAUCGUUGCUUCUACCAAAUGUAUGCAAUCUUACCAGUUGGCCAUGUCUGUUUUGAAAUGGUUCCCCCCCCCCCCAUCUUCUUGAAGCAGCCUCCCCCAAUGUGCUCCUGCUGUUUUAGACCAAACUCCAUCAUCUCCAGCAACAUGCUUAUAGUCCAAACUGCAGGCUGAGAGCACCAGGGUGCAGAAGACUGUUUCGAAAGGAUCCAACAUCUCUCAGGGAUAAAAAUAGAGCCUGUUUGUAGAAUGGGGACUCACAAACUUUCUCCAGCUCUGAAACUGGACAUUAACCUUCUUCAGUGCCCAGCUGCCUUUCGUGCAAAUGCAUGUCACACCUGUGCCUUUGCACAAUGAGCUCCAGCCUCCAGAGUGGAUGCAUAGGAGCCGCAUCCCCAAGACAUCUGUUGCAGCAGGCUGGGCGGUCUGCCUUCACCACUAGAGCCAGUAAACCCUUGUGGACUUUUCAGAUCCAUCUUCUGGGGCCUCAAGAGUAGAGCAGCCUCCCCCUUGGCUUUCACAGAUCUCAGAGCUGUGUGGCGGCGACUCUGUUAAAAACACCUUGCCCUUUUUGCGAGAAAGCUGUUCCCGCGCUGGACCCUGGGCUUAUCCCACACUUGUCCUCUGCUUAGCAAGCACAGGUCUGAGUAGUUUUGCCUCUGCCCUGCUGCAUCCCCCAGGAAGCCUGCUCUUUUAGCACUACAUCUGCAGAAAACCCAACGGCUGUUUGUUCCAAUUCAGUGCUAACCCACAGGUUUCCCCAGGGGUGGGGGGAGCGGCAGGGUAAAUGGAAGUGUGGAUGAGCCCAGAGAAAGCAGCCCUCCACAACUCCACUCUGCGUAGCUCCAUGCCAAAUUCUGUGCUUAUCUUAAUGUUGUGCAUCAGGGAAGCAAGCACACUUUGUGUUCUGGACUUGAACAUGAACUGCUUUAAACUGAAGGGUACUUACUCAGCUUAUUUAUUUGAAGUUAUUUUUUUCAGUUAAGAGACACAUGCACCCUCCUCAGGUGAGCUCCUGAGUAUGAAAGGUCUACUGAAAAUGGAGGGUGGGGUCGGUUGUACUGAAACAGAGCUAUACAUAGGGAGGGAUGAUUUUCUCACAUGUGCUAUUUGUUGUCUUAAGCUUCAACCUUGUUGUUGUCCUUUUUCAACAGGAUUGGUGGCUAUGAAUACAACUUCCAUUAAAUCAGUUGAGGGGGUUGGAGAAAGAGGGUUGAAUCUAUUCCUUUCGAUGUGAUUCUCCUUUCAUACCUUUGUCUGCUCUUUUUGGAUCGCCCUCACCAAUAGCAGACUUUGGGCUCUCAAAUUCCAGUGCUGCCCAGCAUGUCACUAAAAUUUGGCAGCCCCACCUCUUGGGGCUCUGUUCUACAGCGUCAUGGUGGUGCCCCGUGCAGUGUGGUGUCCAGUGCAGCCAAACUGGUCAUAAUACUCUAAAACUGCCUCUGCCCUUGCACCCUCAGUUUUCUUCCUUCUCCCUUUGUGGUGUGUGUGUAUUUUUUACUCCUGCAGUAUUAGAUGUUGCCAGUUUCCAGAGAUAUUUAUAGGAGCAGAAGCAUGUGGAAGUCACUUUGGAAAGAAAAAUCAGGUAUUCUGCCAUUUUGAAAAGACUGGAAGCAGGGAAGGAAGAGGCAAGCGGGCUUUGCAGAGUGCCUUAAUACACUGACUUUAAUCUGAGAUGGGAAGGGGAUUGCUCUUUAUCUCUGAGUUUUAUAGAGGGUCAGGCAAUGCUGCAUUCCACUUUUCUGGGGUUUAAAACAAAUUGUCAAAUACAUCAUGUAUUGCAAACAGAA